ACAGAAAACAAGGAACCCAAAAAUCACGCUUUAUGAACUUCGACGUGCAUGCGGUUAGUCCAUUGACAAAAGGUGCAAAGUUUGAUCAGUUGCAGCCAGUCGACCGUGACCCAUAAAGUCUGAAUUGUGACCGGUUUCCGCUGCUCGAGCUGUGAGGGGGGGAAUGCAAAAAGCUGAGAUCAGUUCAGCUUCUUUUCAGUCUUUUGGGGUAGCUUAUGUGAACUAAUAGUGGAGAAAGUCAGGCCACUGGAUGAAAUCAUAUGUCGAGAAAAAUGUCGCGUUUUCUAAUUCGCUUCUCCUCUAUCGUCUCCAACGGAGCGACUGUCAAAUCAAUUUUACCUCAGAAGAGAAUAUUUGUAGGGAUUCGGCUGGUGUCUACAUCAACGGGUUUGCAGUCACUGACACGUUAUGACCAGUCCACAGAUUGGCAGAGGAAGCUGACUCCAGAACAGUAUGUUGUUACAAGAGAAAAAGGCACAGAGGUGCCAUUCAGUGUCAUCUACUUGAAUCACAAUGAGGUGGGCAUGUACCACUGUGUUUGCUGUGACUCCCCUCUUUUUAGCUCAGAAGCGAAAUAUGAUUCAGGAACUGGUUGGCCGUCCUUCUUUGAGGCUCACGGGACAUGGGAAAAAGACGAGAGUCACGCCAACAUUGUCCGUCGCCCUGACAACUCGCUUGGUAGCACAGGAACAGAGGUUAUCUGCAAACAUUGUGAUGCCCAUCUUGGACACGUCUUUGAUGAUGGUCCAGAUCCGACUGGCCAGCGAUUCUGCAUCAACAGCGUUGCUCUAAACUUUAAGCCCAGAGAGAAAUAAUGUAGAGACAUCCAGCAAAAAACUCUGCAUUUACAGUUAUUCCAUGCAAAUAAAAAAAACAAAUAGCAUUUGAAUAACACAUGUCCAUGGGGUAUGCGAUGAGUUACAGUUUACAAUGUUUAUGGUGGGGAAAAAAAAAAUGUUUGGAGAUUGUGUUUUAGAACAAGUGCACUUUUAAAAAUUAAGUUUUAGCAGCAAUGGCAGUUUUGAUUCCUCAUAGAACCUUUCUAUGAAUAGUUUUUAGUUGAGCAUUUUAAUAUUCUAAAGAACUCUUUCCACUGUAAAGAACCUAUUGGAAGGGUUGUUAAAGAAUCUUAUUGGAACCAGAUGGCAAUAAAAAGAGUGUGGUCCAUUAAACAUCCCACAAGAAGGUGUCAUUAAGUUCCUGUGCACUGUAGUGUUGCAUUAUGAUAUCUAAAUCGGAUAAUGCACACACUUUAUAACAACAACAAAAACAUUUUUUGGAUUGUAAAUGACAUUUCAGGUUGUAUUAAAGUGAACACUGUCAGAAA